UGCAAGCAGCCAUGUUGCUGCGAGCUUGUUCCGGUAUCAGGGCUGGAUCGUGCGCAUAGGCUGCCAUCGGGCCCAGCUCUCUGCCUCCCCCUCUCCCCCCUUUUGCUGCGUUGACACGCACCUCCUCACGAAAAGCUCCAGCGGUGCCGCUGCUGCUCAUGGAUUUUUACAACCUGAUGAUUCUCUCUCCGCUCGCCUCGUCACGGAAAUAACAAUCGGUGCGCCGUGAAGACCGGACCGACGGGUAUGCGUUGCCCCCACCGCAGUGCAGCAGCAGCACGUAUGAACGACCUUUAUUCGGAUCACGCAACGACACAAGGAAGCGCGACGACGCGGUGUGUCCGCCGUGAGUGUGGAGUUGUGUAGGUUUCCGACGGGCUGCCUUCGACUGCAACGCACCAGCCCCAGUGAGCUCCAUGGGCUAACGUCGGCUAGCCGAUAGCUAGCGCGACACAUUCGUGUACUGGUACCGCUUGCCAUGUGACCUUAUUAUACACAAAGUCUCCGUUCACUUUUUUGAGUCGGCUGUGUUGUUUUUGGAUCCAUCGCCAAGGGAUAUCUCUGAUCGUUUUUUUUUUUUUUUGGAUCGGAUUGUAAAAUGUCGGGAUCUCGCCGGUGGUUCUAACUUUUGGCCUGAAGUUUGGAGAAGACAGCGGAUUUAAUUUUAGAACUCCCGAGGAGAACCACCGCAACACGACAGCAGAACCCCCACCCCUCUAACCCCCUACCCGCCGCUCCGCAGAACCAGCGUCGUGGUUCACCCGUCCGGGACCGCGGAUCUGAACGGACCGGACCUCGAACCUUUUCCCCCAACUUUUCCCUCCCCGCUAGCGACCCCAGCUAGCCCGUCACCGCCACCAGAAGCUCCUCGGUCCCCUCUCCGCCCGCUGUAUGCCAAUCAAAACGUGGAUUUAGUUGGGUUUUGGUCAGACCUCGGCCCCAGCCACUUCAGGGUGUUUUUUCCCAGGACCGGGGCUCGUUCUUGGAACAUGGGACGAGUGUCGCUGCUAGCUAGUCGCUAGCUAGCAGGCUAACAGAACUAGCCGCCGAUGUGGGGGUUUCAGACUUGUUGAUUCACUAGCUAUCAGUCGUGAGCUAGCUGGCUAGCACUGGGUCGGUCUGGGAGGGCUCCCACACCACCAGGUUCCUACUUUUAACAAGUUUAUAAAUGCCCAACAGACACUUUUAAAGAGUAUCUCCGGUUUCAUCUCUUCCUUCUCCUGUUUCUACAACUAAAACACAAAGCAGGCUGAGAUGUCUACCAGAAUCCCUUUGGUACAAGUCAUUGAGAACACGGCAGGACAGGACUCCAAGCCGUCCACGGGCCGUCCCAGCAUGCCGCGCUGUCGGAACUCGGUCGCCGCGCCGACGGACGAGCAGCCGCACAUCGGCAACUACCGCCUCCUCAAGACCAUCGGCAAGGGCAACUUCGCCAAGGUCAAGCUGGCACGCCACAUCCUCACGGGCAAAGAGGUGGCCGUCAAGAUCAUUGAUAAGACGCAGCUCAACUCCUCGAGUUUGCAGAAGCUCUUCCGUGAGGUGAGGAUCAUGAAGAUGUUGAAUCACCCAAACAUAGUCAAGCUGUUUGAGGUGAUAGAGACGGAGAAGACAUUGUACCUGGUGAUGGAGUAUGCCAGCGGGGGCGAGGUCUUUGACUACUUGGUGGCUCACGGCCGGAUGAAGGAGAAGGAGGCGCGUGCCAAAUUCAGACAGAUUGUGUCUGCAGUGCAGUAUUGUCAUCAGAAGUUCAUAGUACACAGAGAUCUCAAGGCGGAGAACCUCCUCCUGGACGCCGACAUGAACAUCAAGAUCGCCGACUUCGGCUUCAGCAACGAGUUCACCCUGGGCAACAAGCUGGACACCUUCUGCGGCUCCCCGCCCUACGCCGCGCCGGAGCUCUUCCAGGGCAAGAAGUACGACGGGCCCGAGGUGGACGUCUGGAGCCUGGGGGUCAUCCUGUACACGCUGGUCAGCGGCUCGCUGCCCUUCGACGGACAGAACCUCAAGGAGCUGCGGGAGCGUGUGUUGCGUGGGAAGUACAGGAUCCCGUUUUAUAUGUCGACCGACUGCGAGAACUUGCUGAAGAAGUUCCUCAUCCUCAACCCCUCCAAGAGAGGAAGCCUGGAGCAGAUCAUGAGAGACCGGUGGAUGAACGUGGGCCACGAGGAGGAGGAGCUCAAGCCCUACAUUGAGCCCCAGCCAGACUACAAGGACCCUAAGAGGACAGGUACACACACACGCAUAGGCAGCGGCCGUAAACACAACUUGAUGGUUCAGAUGGGCUUCUCGGAGGAAGAGAUCAAGGAUUCGCUGGUGAAUCAGAAGUACAACGACGUGAUGGCGACGUACCUGCUGCUGGACUAUAGGAACUCUGAGCUGGACGACGGUUUAAUCAAGCCCCGCCCAGGAAGUGAUGUAAGCAACAUAAACGCACCCUCCCCGCCCCAUAAGGUACAGCGCAGCGUGUCAUCAAACCAAAAACCCCGCAGAGCCACGGACCAGGGUACCUCCUACAAGCGGGCUGGCACGCAGGGGGAGAACCGCAGCGGGACCACCGACGAGGCCGGCAGGAAGUCGUCGUCGGGAAGCUCCACCAAUAAGGUGCCGGCCAGUCCCCUGCCGCCCACCGACCGCAAGAAGAGCGCCACGCCCUCCACCAAUAGCAUCUUGUCCACGGGUACGGGCCGCAGUAGGAACUCGCCCCUCGCGGAGAGAGCCACACUGGGCCAGGGCAUCCAGAACGGCAAGGACAGCCUAAACACUCCGGGCUCCCGUGCAUCCACUGCCUCCGCUGCUGCCGUUCUCUCCUCCUCCUCUUCCUCCUCGCGCUCCCGCCACCACAAGUCCCUCUCCUCCUCCAACCAUCCAUGUCCCUCUGACGUGCACGCACCCAGGGCCAGUGUCCCGGCCCAGCGGCCCCCCGGCGCCUCCCCGUCCGCCCACAACAUCAGCGGCAGCACGGGCGCCGCUGGCGACCGCGCCAACUUCUCGCGCGGCGUGGGCAUCCGCAGCACCUUCCACGCCGGGCAGCAGCGCGGCGCCCGCGACCAGCAGGGCUCCGCCUACCCCGGCGGCCCCGCCUCCCCCUCGCUGUCGCACGGCAACAGCCAGGCGCGGCGCACGCACGGCGCCACGGGCAUCUUCAGCAAGUUCACCUCCAAGUUCGUACGCAGAAAUCUCUCGUUCAGGUUCCCAAGAAGUCCGUAUGAGGGAGAGGGUCGGGAAGAGGGGAGCAGGUCGAUGCUGAGCAGUACGGUGGACAAGUCUGAGAAGACGUCCGGCGGCGUCCUCUCCUCGUCCUCCAACAACGACGAGAACAACUCCUCGCCCGGCUCCGGGAACACGGGCGGCACCGGUACCCCCCCGGCCCCGGGCACCAUGGGCCCCGGAGGCCUGACCCCGGCCUCCAAAGACCUGUCCAACAAGCCGCGCUCGCUGCGCUUCACGUGGAGCAUGAAGACCACGUCGUCCAUGGAGCCCGGCGAGAUGAUGCGGGAGAUCCGCAAGGUGCUGGACUCCAACGGCUGCGAGUACGAGGCGCGCGAGCGCUACAUGCUGCUCUGCGUGUCGGGGAACCCGGCGCGCGACGACUUCGUCCAGUGGGAGAUGGAGGUGUGCAAGCUGCCGCGCCUCUCGCUCAACGGCGUGCGCUUCAAGCGCAUCUCCGGCACCUCCAUCGCCUUCAAGAACAUCGCCUCCAAGGUGGCCAACGAGCUGAAGCUGUGAGCCGCCAUGACACCCGGCAUCCUCGAUGGGGUGGGUGAGGGGGACCUCAUCACGUGGGGUGAAUGUGUUUUUUCUGGGGGGGGGGAGCGGGGGUUUGGGUUAGACUGAGGGGUGGAGCCUGAGGAGGGGUUGACGGGGGAUGGGGGCGGGUUUUGGGGGAGGGGCCCGACAGAACGGCGGAUGCGUUUAGGGCGUCUUGAUUCUUUCGUGUUCUGUUAAUGGACUGUUCCUGUUGGCUGAUUGUUAUCGGAGACGUUUCUCGUUUUUUUUGCGUUUCUCCACCUUGAUAAUUGGUGGGGGGGGGGGUUGAUGACGUAGGGCUGAGUGGGUCCCUCCCGCUCCACCAGACGCCCUCCAGGGGACUGAAGAACACCUCCAUCUCCUCCUCCUCCUCCUCCACCUCCUCCUCCUUCGGCGUUGCUCGUUCGAACGUUCAAAUGGGUUCAACGGUUCUGUGUCCUCUUCAUUCAUCCCCCCCCCCCCCCCCCCCCCCCCCCGAAGACGAGGACACCAUCAACAGCCUAGGAGGGGCGGAGCCUCUGCUUCUCUAGGGAGGGUGUCGAAGGGGAGGGUCUCUCUCUCUCUCCCUCUCUCUCUCUCCCUCCCUCUCUCCCUCCUCUGUGUUCUCCCCCUUCCAUGUGUUGAGCUCCCCUCCCCCCCCCCCCCGCACCCCCUGGGGGGUUUGUUCCUCUGGGUGGGGGGGCGUGGCUCUGGGAUGAAUGGAAGAAGAUGAUGGGAGGAAGGGGAGGGCGAGACGGUGGAGAGACUGAAGGCCCCAGAGAGAGAGAGAGAGAGAGAGAGACGGCAGCGUCGGACGGGGGACGACUCGUUGGACCCUGACAGUGCCCUCACCCCUCACUCCCCCCUCAAACCCCCUCCCCCCUCAAACCUCCUCCCCCCUCAUCCACGCUUCCAAGAGAACGGACCCUCGACCACACUCACACACACACGCACCCAUGCACAGAUAUUCACCCGCUCCACCUGUUGAUGGAGCUGAACGGAACGCCACCUUGAUGCCCCCCCCCCCCCCCCCCCCCCUACCGGCACCACCACCUCCUCACCCCCACCCUAAUAUGACACUCCACUCUGCCCCCCCUCCCUACCCCAUUGCCUUCAUUCUGGACUUGGAAAAAAACACACAAGCGCGCCCACACGCAAGACACGCACACACAAUGCACACGAGGCACCUGCCCCCCCCCCCCCCCCCCCGGAUACUUUAGGUUAGCUUGUUUUCCUCUCCCCUCGCGCCGAUGAUGCAAGUUCCUGUUGGACUUGACGAUGAUGACGACAUGACGAUGAUGACGUCGUCACAUGUAUAAGAUGGUGUGUGUGUGUGUGUGCGUGUGUGUGUGAGAGAGAGAGAAUGCUCCCUGUUUCUUAUUUCUCUUUAACAAAAACAGUUGUGCACUGGAAAAGCAGGGUGUAGUCAGGGGAGCGGCGGGGUGGUCUUGCGAUGGAGGGGGGGGGGUCGAUUUUUUUCUUGUCCCUUCGUUUUUUGUUCUUUUCUUCGGUUCAUGUGUCGUUGUUCUUUUUAAUGUUUCUCGCCUUUCCGUGGAGUACCGAUGAGCGUGUAGGGCCGUAGUGUGUCUGUGUAGCUCCGCUAGCCGGCCGCGGCGGGGCUCCAAUGAUUCUGUUAUGUCGAGAAUAAAUUCAGUUGAUCAUGCUUUUGUUUUUUCUUUCUUUUUAAUGUUAUUGUAUUUUACAUUUUUAUGGCUUUCGGUUGACAUCGCGCCUUCUUACACAGAAUGUCUACCCGGACACCCCCUCCCCCCCCUCCCCCUUUUUUCUCUCAUUUAUUCACUUCUUCUUCACACACACACAUACACACACACACACACACACACACACACACACACACACACACACACACACACACACACACACACACACACACACCCUCCAAACGUCUGUCAGAUUACGUGUGUCCCCGCGGAGGUAUUAUUUUUUUUGGGGAGGGGGGGGGGUAUUUAACUUGUGCGUGUGUUUGCGUAUAUAAAAGAUCACUGGAAAGUCAAACGGGGAAAAAAAUAUGAAUGGUGAAUUAUUUUCUCUUCUACGUUGAUUUGAUAAUAUUCUAUUUUUAUGUCAUAUAAAAAUUACACGAAAAAAACGACGGAAAAAAAAACACAAUGUCGGGGUUUGUACAGGUUAAGAUUUUGGGGGGGGGGCGGGGCUACAGGGAUCAUAUCAUUGCUGCCUUUAAUUGUACAGCACCUUUUAUCUGCACAAACACACAUUCACGCUCAUUCGCCACUUCCUUUGUGUACAAAGUACUAGACACACACGAGCAACACACCCAUACAGAGUUGUACGGUGACUCCAGAUUGAGGAACUGUUGUUCAUAGUGAAGAUGGCGAGUCGUCUGAAAACAUGACUUUUUGUUUUUGUUUGUCCUAGUUCAAUUUUACAACAUGGGGGGGUAUGUACGGGCCUGUUUAUUGGCUGUCAAAAGGAGGAAGGAGAGAACCACAGAGGGGGAGGGAGGCAGAAGGAAGUUGGGUUGAACUGUUGCGCUUUUAUUUUGGAGGGCAUUUCUUUGUUUUUUUUUUAUCCGUUUUAUUUUGUUAUCAAGCAACGCCGUGAUGAUCGCAGCCAAGUCAACAAGAUACCACCCAUAUCCGAGCACGUGUCUGCGCGCGCAAAAAAUAAAGCUCAAGACAAAAG